UCUCAUAACACACUCUUUUUCUAUAGGGAAGUUUGCCCUUUCUUGUUCUUUUUUUGUACUUGAACAUGAAGGCUUUUGAAACCUGUCAACUCCAACAAUUCUGGUCUCCCUCGAAGAAGUAGAUUGGGAUAAUGCGAAAGCAUGUAUCUUUAUCAACAUCACCACUCUUUCGGAUUAGGAAUGGGAUUGGAAUGCUCUUCUCUCCUCUGUUCUUUCACGGAAACGCAUCAUCUCCAAUUCCAGACUUCCAUGGUGAAGAAGAAGAUGAAGAAGAAGAAGAAGUGUUGGACGUAUCUCACUGCGUCAUCCAAGACAAGGACCUUCUCCGAAAGAGCCAAAGCUCCGGACUUUACGUCUUGGACCUAAUCGACAAUGGUGCUCUUGAACCAGACCCAACCAUCUACACUAAGCUUCUCAACAAGUGUACCCACCUCGGGAAGCUUCGAGAAGGUCGGAUCGUCCAUACCCACUUCCGCCGAUCUCAAUUCAAUCACUACCUUGUCAUUCACAAUACCCUCCUCAACAUGUAUGGUAAAUGUGGCAGUCCCGACGACGCACGCCAAAUGUUCGAUGAAAUGCCCACAAAAGAUAUGGUCUCUUGGACUGCCUUAAUCACUGCCUAUUCGCAGAACGAUAGACCCAUUGAUGCUCUUGUUUUGUUCCCUCAAAUGCUUCGUUUGGGUUUCAAGCCCAACCAGUUUACAUUCUCUAGUAUUCUCAAGGCUGCUGGGGCUGUGCCUAAUGACAGGGAUGGCAAGCAAGUUCAUGGGUUUGUUGUUAAUUAUGGUUUUGAUUCAAAUGUUUAUGUGGGUAGUUCUCUAGUGGACAUGUAUGCUAGGUUCAACUUAAUGGAUGAAGCCUGGUUUGUUUUCGAUAGUUUGCUGAGCAAGAAUGAGGUUUCUUACAAUGCUCUGAUUGCUGGGCAUGCGAGGAAGGGUGAGGGAGAGCAUGCCAUUCGUUUGUUUUGGAAGAUGCAAAGAGAGGAUUUUAGACCUACCCAUUAUACCUAUUCUAGUGUUUUCACUGCUUGUGCUAGUAUUGGAGCUUUGGAGCAAGGGAAAUGGGUUCAUGCACAUAUGAUGAAGUCUGGCCAACAGCUUGUUGCUUUUGUAGGCAACACUAUUCUUGACAUGUAUGCUAAAUCAGGUAGCAUUGAGGAUGCGAAAAAAGUUUUCAAUAGAUUGGUUAGACGAGAUGUUGUUUCGUGGAAUUCGAUGCUUACUGCUUGUGCCCAACAUGGACUUGGGAAGGAAGCUGUCAGAUGCUUUGAGGAAAUGCUUAGGACCGGAAUUGAACCUAAUGCGAUUACCUUCCUAUGUAUUCUCACUGCUUGUAGCCAUGCUGGGUUAUUGGACAAAGGACAGUAUUACUUUGAAUUAAUGAAGAAGUAUGAGAUAGAACCAGAGGUUUCACAUUAUGUCACAAUUGUUGAUCUACUUGGUCGAGCUGGUCAUCUUGAUCGUGCUGAAGGGUUCAUAAAAGGCAUGCCAAUUGAACCCACUGCAGCUGUAUGGGGUGCUUUCCUUGGUGCUUGUAGGAUGCAUAAGAACAUAGAAUUGGGGGCAUACGCUGCUGAACGUGUAUUUGAAUUGGACCCACAUGAUUCGGGACCCCAUGUGCUGCUCUCCAAUAUCUAUGCCUCUGCUGGUAGAUGGAGUGAGGCUGCAAAAGUUAGAAAGAUGAUGAAAGAGAGCGGUGUGAAGAAAGAACCCGCUUGUAGUUGGGUGGAGAUUGAGAAUUCUGUCCAUAUGUUUGUGGCAAAUGAUGAUGCCCACCCACAGAGAGAGGAGAUCCAUAAGAAGUGGGAGGAAAUAUGUUGCAAAAUUAAGGAAAUAGGCUAUGUCCCGGACACUAGUCAUGUCCUUUUGUUUGUUGACCAGCAGGAGAGGGAAUCGAAGUUGCAAUACCAUAGUGAGAAGCUUGCUCUAGCAUUUUCCCUUCUUUACACACCACCUGGAUCCACCAUCAGGAUCAAGAAGAACAUCAGAGUUUGUGGUGAUUGCCACUCGGCAUU